AUGCCAGAAUCAGGUGGUAUACCAACCACAGCCACACCUGUUGCAGCGGCACCAUCACGACUAUUCCCUUGUCUCUUCCUCUCCCCUCCUUUCCAUACUUUCCCUUCUACUGCCUCCUCGUUCCUCUCCUCCUUCCCUUCCUCCUCCUCCCCCCUCUCCUCUUCCUCCCCUUCCUCCUCCUCCCCCCUCUCCUCUUCCUCCCCUUCCUCCUCCUCCCCCCUCUCCUCUUCCUCCCCUUCCUCCUCCUCCACCUCCUCUUCCUCUUCUUCUUCCUCCCCCUCCUCUUUCUCUUCCUCUUCCUCCUCCUCCUCCACCUCCUCCUCCUCUUUCUUCCCUCUUCCCAUGACACGAUCGACAUGGGAAAGCCUUCCAGUCGGCUCAGAGAAAGGCGCUUUUCCGGGGCGGGCAUUUCUCACAGAAGCUCUCUCAUGCGUUUCAGGAAAAGGCCCCCUACCGGCAUGCCGAUCACUACGGGAGAACGUCACAGGGAAGCACUCGACGGACCCCCCUCUCAGCCUCCUCACCUGCUCCCGCACUUUCCUAGAAGCUGCCUUCUCAUUUGGCUGCGACUCUAAAGAAGCCUGCACCGGCACUUGUCUUCCCACGGAGGGCCCUCCUCCUCUCUUCGCUUCCUCGUGGGAACUCAGAUGCAAGAAACGGAGGAGCUCGUGUAUACUUCCCAUACUCCCUCCCCUCCCCUUCCUCCGUCCCUUCCCCUCCCUCCACUCUUCCCUCCCCAUUUCCCUCGCCCUUUCCCUCUUUCCCUCCCCCUCCGCAUCCUCCGCUUCCCCAUUGUCCAAGAACGAGACCCGUUUCUGCCGAACCUGCUGCCCCUCCGACCCUGUAGUCGACCUCUUCCUGCUGUUGCAAUAUCAUUUGUUGCCUUUGACGCCGCUGCCAGCCCUCUCCGUUUCUCUAGAGGACCAGCAGGAUCAGAGAGCUUCUUUGCCUGCUCUCCCAUUCCCCUCCUCGCCCGCUCUUUCCAUCCCAACUUUGCCUCUUCUCCCCUUCCUCCCCUCGCCUACUCUCCCCAUCACCCUUUCCGUUGCUCUCCCUAUCCCAGCUACGCCUGCUCUCCCCUUCCCCGCAGUACCUGCCAUUAUCCCUAUCACCCCCUCGCCUGCUCUCCCCAUCCUCCAUAUAUGCAGAUUCAUCCCCAUGCUCAAGACCUGCCUCCCACUGCGGCAUCUCCUCUACGGAUUUAGACCUUCGCCUCACAAGCGCACGCCUCUCCCCUUCUUCCCCCCAUUUAUUCUUUGUCCUACGGCGAUUUUGGCAGCAUCUGGGGGCGGUGGGAACUGGGGGCGGCCAGCAGCUGCUUCUGGCGCUGCGGCUCCCCUUUCCUCUCCACCUCCUCGCCUUUCAACUUACCCUUCGCCUCUCCCCCCUUGCUUUCCUUCUCUUUCCCCCGUCCUCUCCCCUCCCUCCCCGCGUCUUGUGCAGCAGCAGCAGCAGCGCCAAUAG